UAAACGGAAGAAAACGGAACGAAAUGGGGAUGGACCUACCUGAGUUUGUCCAAUUGAAACGAACGUUUUCGUUGCUCAACGCAACUGUUUUGUAACUGUUUGGACUAAUGAUUACACCUCACGACUGUCUGCAUGCAUAAGCAUUUACUAAAAACAAACCGGAUUUUUACAUGACAUGGGGGGCUAUCACUGACUAUCAGAAUCCAUGAUGGAGCCUCAAGAGGAGAAGCCCAUUAUUUACACAAUGGAGAACAAGCCGAUUGUGACAUGUGCUGGGGACCAGGCCUUGUUCACUUCUCUCUACACCCCAUUGGCCCAGCAGCUUCCCAGGGAACCAAUGGAGUGGAGGAGGUCGUGUGGACGAGCACCAAAGAUGAUCCAUUUAGAGGCCAACUUUGUCCAGUUCAAAGAGGAACUCCUCCCUAAAGAGGGAAACAAAGCCCUCCUCACUUUCCCCUUCCUCCAUAUCUACUGGACAGACUGCUGUGACACUGAGGUGUACAAGGCGUCAGUCAGGGACAACAUGAUGAGGUGGCAGGGCAACCUGCGGCUCCACGGGUCAGCUGACUGGGUCAUCGUUGUCGUGGAGACCAGCGAUGCCAAGAAGAAGAACAAGACCAACAUCCUGCCUCGCUCUUCCUUAGUGGACAAGAUCCGCAACGACUUCUGUAACAAGCAUAAUGACCGUUGUGUGGUUCUGUCAGACCCUCUAAAGAAUUCGUCCAGGUCUCAGGAGUCGUGGAGUGCCUUCCUGCUGAAGCUGAGGACUCUACUGCUGAUGUCCUUCACUCAGAACCUGGGACGCUUCGAGGAGGACAUGCGCACCCUCCGGGAGAAACGCAAUCAGCCCGGAUGGAGCUUCUGUGACUACUUCAUGGUACAGGAGGAGUUGGCCUUUGUGUUUGAGAUGCUACAGCAGUUUGAGGAUGCUCUGCUACAGUACGACGAGCUGGACGCCCUCUUCACUCAGUAUGUUCUCAACUUCGGGGCUGGAGACGCGGCCAACUGGCUGGGUUCCUUCUGCUCCCCGGUGAAGAGCUGGACUGGCUUGCUCCUGCGGCGCCCCAUAGACAUGGAAAAGAGAGAUGGGAUCCAACGCGGGCAGGCUAGCCUGCUAGAGUUACGCAGCUACCUGUUCUGUCGUCAGUGUACCCUGCUCAUCUUCCUCCAGAGGCCCUGGGAGGUGACACAGAGAGCCCUGGAGCUGCUGCAUAACUGUGUCCAGGAGCUAUGCCUGCUGGAGGUGUCUAUGAUGGAGGGUGCAUUAGACUGCUGGGUCUUCCUCAGCUGCCUGGAGGUGCUGCAUCGUAUAGAAGGCUGCUGUGACCAGGCCCAGCUAGAGGCUAAUGUCUCCCACACUGUGGGCCUGUGGGCCUAUGCUACUGACAAGCUGAAGUCUCUGGGCUAUAUGUGUGGUCUGGUGUCAGAGAAGGGUCCACUGUCUCUGGAGCUGAACCGAACUGUGGACCUGCUGGCUGGACUGGAGGAUGAGAAGGCUGAGACUGUCCACAGCUUGCAGAGCCCGUAUAAAAAACUGAAGGAGGCCCUGUCUUCUGUGGAGGCGUUUGAGAGACAUUAUCUUGAGUUGUCCCAUGCUGCUGUGGAGAUGUACACGGCCAUUGGCAGGAUGAGGUCAGCGCGGCUCAUUGGGAAGAGCCUGGCUGAGUUCUACAUGAGGAAAGGUGAUCCUGAGCAGGCGGAGAGCUUCUUGCAGAAUGCUCUGAGGUCAUACGUGUCAGAGGGGUGGAGCCUACCUGUCACUCACACCAGGAAGCAGAUGGCUGAGUGCCAGAAACUGCUGGGGAAGACCGAGAACUACCUGCAGACAAGUGCCUUGUUGGCAGGUGAUGCCAAUCUGACCAAUGAGGAGAGGAUUCACUUCUGUCAGGAGAUCCUGACUUUCGCCAACCAAUCAACAGACAGCAAGGCCCAGAAGGUGGCGCUCAGUAUGAGUUCUUUCGCCCAGCUCAAGCAGCUGCAGUUCCGCCCGGCAACAGCCACGGUGCACUCUGGCACCGCCCUGCAGGUGGAGUUGUGUCUGCGCAGCUUGAUGCCUGUGGCCGUACCUCUGGAACAGCUGGCUGCCAGUGUUCACUUAAACCUGGAGCAGGGAGAGACUAACGGGAAGACCAGGGGGCCACAGAGACGGCCAUACCCAGGGACGGUGCUUUUCCCCCUGGGUAACUCCUCAGCGAUGCCCCCCUCCGCUGCUGGUCCUUCUCUGGAGCUGGAAGAGAUCCAGGACCGCAGCUCCUCGGACCCUCGUACACUCAACUCCACCGGCAUGGUGUGUAAGAACACACACCUGGUCAUGCGUCGUCAUGACAGCAGCCCGUCACCGGACAUGCCCAACCUUGUCAGCCCAGUUCCUGUUGUCAUGGAUGACGGGGCAAAGAUGCUAAUGAGCGGUGAUGUCACUGUGCUGCCGGGCAACAACAGCAUUGUCUUCAGUGUACCAAGUCAGGAGCUCGGUACCUACACGUUGCGUCAGCUGUGUGCCACAGUGGGCCAGGUCCAGUUUGUCCUCCCUCACAUCUCUCCUCUGGUCCAGUAUGAGGUCUAUUCUCAGGAGCCCCAGCUCACUGUGGAGCCCCUCACAGACCAGCUGCUGGCAGGCCUCCCCCAGAGGGCAAAGGUCAGGCUGCAGACAGGACACUACACUGUGAAGAAGGGAGACGCCCUGCAGCUCACUAACAUAGACAGCAUGCCCAUCCUCACCUCCUCCUCCUGCCCUGCUACCAUCCUCAACAGCACUGCAGAGCGUGUGGAUGAGAGUGUUCUGUUCAUCCAGUCGUCUGACAAAGUGACCAGUAUCUCUCUACCUCCCACCCCACCCUAUCACACCCUGGAGUUUCAGCUGGAGGUACUGUGUGUCAUCCCUUCUGAUCCAGUCCGGCCCGAGAACCAGAGACUCACAAACGGAGAGAUACACUACCGUCCCCGGAGCUACAGCCACCCCGAUAACCACAUGGCCGCCAUCAACCAGAGGAUGUCUGUAGACUGUCCCUGGUCCAUCUACUCCACUCCAAUAUCUCUCACCUUCUACAUCCCCUUUAAGGCCAAGCACUCACUACUAUCAGCAGGGAACAGGAAGUACAUCCAGGUGUGUCUACAGAACGUGUCAGAUGUGAACUUUCACCUGAUGGACCAGAGGCUAACAGAGAAACAUCACGAGUCUUCUCUGGAACUGCAGUCCCUCAAUACUAAAGCACAACAGUUGGUGUGCAGUAAGCAGAGUGUUUACUGCGUAUGGGAUGUGAGGUGGAAGGAAAACAUGCCAGUCUGUCUACAGUGUGUGUUCUCUGCCAGCUUCUCCUCUGCUUCUGAGGAAGUCUCAGCCUUCAAGCCCUACCACUACGAGUUUCAACUGGAGAGAGUGACAACACUGUACAGUGUGAGGGCAGAGAUCAUGCCUGCGGCUGGUCAACAAAACUGUCACUCUGGCUCCCUCUGUGGGCUGGAGAUGUCCAUUACACGACUGGCUGAACCUGAUGAUGAUGAAGAAGAUGGAGGGACUGAGGAGAAAGGGCAGACAGAGACAGAGGAGGUCUGCUCCACCAAGCUCAUGUAUGAAGUGGCAGGCAGUAGCUGGGUGGUGUAUGGCAGAAGCUCAGGGCUGGUGUCCAUGCCAGCGGAUGCUAAUGCCAACCACAGGGUACAGGUUGAGUUGAUGCCCCUCUUCGCUGGCCACCUGCCAUUCCCUGACAUCAAGGUGUUUAAGUACCUACCUCCCAGUGCCAACUCCGCCAGCCAACCUGAUACAGACGGCUGUGUAGAAAACGACAUCCUCUCCCUGAUGGACCGGCCUCUGGAUGAUCAGGGGGACACGGCCAGCUUCUGUAGCCAGGGAAGUGUCCACUCUGUGGGCAGCGGGGAGCAGCAGUCCAGGGUUCUUCCCAUGCCUCGCCUGGAGCCCUUCAGCCCGGGACAGGUGUUCAACCACAGCCAGGGAUGCCAGGUCCUGGUGCUUCCCUCUACUGAUGACCACGUUCUAGAGAUCAACGCUACGUGACCCUGGUGAUCGGUCAACACCCACUACCAUCACCUCUUGCCCCAUACCUCCUUUGGGGCUCCACUGUUCUGGAGCUCUUAAGUUUAGUUGGGACCCAAAAGUAGCUGUUCUAAGAUCAGACUAUGGACUCUGCUAGCUGGACUAGCCCCCGAGCCUGGAGCGAACACAGUCACAUCCGUAGAGCCCUGAUGAACUAGACACACCACAACCUGCUGAUGUCUUGACAUAUGUUUUCCUUCUCUUCUUCAGACUGUGUUUUGGCUCAGUGAAUAGAUCUGUGUUUGACAUACUAAGACCUUAGCCAAGGCAAUCUUGUCCUUCCUCAAACUUUCUGUAUUAAACUCAAAUGCAACAAAGA